ACAACAAUGUUUUCAGCAAAAAUUUAAUUCAGGAAACUGAAAACUUUCCUCAAAAAGUAGUAAACAUAAAUAAAUUGGUUAUGAUGUAACCUGGUAUAGUAUGGACUGAGAGAAAAGUAUUUGAAAGUAAUAAGGAUUGAACGUCAGGCACGCCUUAAAAAACCUCAAAUGUGCAAGGUCCCUCUAAAGUCAGAUCUCGCAUUAAAGUGGUUCUAGUCGCUAGCCAUGAACGACCCGGAUAUGCUGCGCUACAAUGCCCAUUAAAACUACAUUUUUCCACUAAAUCAUCAAUGUCAUCAUGGAAAUUGCUACAAGAGACAAUGUGGAAGGAACUUAAGGAACUCUCCUUUUUCCUCAAGCAAUAAAAUAUUAAUUACUUGGGAUUGAAGAUACAACGGAAAUGACUUGCCUAUCACUGCAUGUCAGUAUCAGUAAGCGAGAACUUGUCUUCGAGUAAAAUUUGGUAAUUUUCUCUUUUUUAAACAGCUUAUGUAGAAACUUACUUCAGCUCAUUAAAAAUUACCCUAUUUAGGGUGAUUAAAAAAGGGUGAUGCUAUAGAGAGCGAAUAUCUUAAGGAAAUGAAAAACAUGCAGCCUCUCGAGAAUUAUUCAAGUUUCCUGAACAGUUAAGUGAUUUUAUUAUUUUGCUUUUAAUACCUACUAGUGGUUGCGUUUGUCUGCAACCACAUUGUGGUAAUUAAAAAAGUAUCAAAGAUUUCUUGAUCAGCGCUUAUAAUUAAAGGUUAAGCCACGAUAUACACGUCACGUGCUAUCGUAAAGUUUUUUGUGGUGAAAAGAUUUGCGUUAAUGAAUUUUAAAAAUAUUAAUUAUGACAGAAAUUAUACUUCAGCGCCCCAUUCAGCGCUAAUAUACAAUUAUGCUUUGAUUCAAGUUGGCAUAAAUCAUUUAUUGUUGAAUCAUUAACAAACUCAUUUCGUCAACUAAGUCAUUGCAGACAUUCUCAAAGCCACGUUUAAUGAAAUGAAACAAGAAAGAAGUUAUAUUCGACUUGAACCGAAUUUACUAAUCUUUACCGCGAGCUGAUGUAAACUUCAGCAAAAAUGUUUCCAUUGGACGCAUCGUGUCCUCCUGCAUUUAAAACCAAGUGUGCUUUCGUAACGUGAUUUCGCACACGACAGACAGACAGUCGGGCAUACACGAUUGCUCGGGAAUACAUAUUAUAUAUGUAUAUAUAUAGACAUAUAAACAUAAGUAUUUCUAUGCGUUACAAUCGUUUGACAAAUCUAAUACACUUCGUAAGGUGGAUGUGAAAAACUCGCUGCCACAAAUGUAAAUAAAGUGUCGUUAAGCGAGUGUCGUUAAAAGCGAACAGGAAAGCAAAUAGCAAGAGGCAAGUGAUUCGUUUAGCGUAGAGUAGCAGUAAUAAAAUAACAUGCAAAAAUAUCAUGCACAACGCUUUAGCUAUUGUUGUUUUUAUCUUGUGUUUUAUUUAAAAAAUUACUAAAAAGUACACGACCGGUAAGACUAAUAGCCGAAUGACAAGUACGAAAAUUAAUAUAUUUGCGUACAAAUUUAUGAAUGAUGUGAAUUUAAUAAGUUUUCGUGUUUUGACUUAACGUCACAUAAUGCAUAAACUGCAGGAGGCUUUUGUAAAAAGGAAAAAUGAGUGAAACAGGACUCAUUGAUUGGACGAACGGAUGAACGCCUCACUCUCAAGCCAAUAUUGUCUCAUUUAAAUAAUGGCGCAUCUUUUCUAAUUGCAAGAAGGCUUAUAUAAAUAUCGGAACAGAUUCAUUAAUUCCAUACAUCGUCAAAAGAAACUUAGUGCUGUCGGCAUUGCGAAAGCACAGAUGUCUUUGAAGGUUUAACGUGGGUGCACUACCUUAAAGGUUUAACACCACGGUAUCCGAUGACACACGGAUUAAUUUUACGUAAUCGGUUCCCUCCAGAGGGUUAGACAACCCCUAUAAGCUAGAGGCCUAACCUACACUGGAGAAACCAGAUAUGUUUAUUGUGUACCCAUGAAAUAAACCUACUCUGGGCAGUGUUGAGGGCUACCAUUACCUGUAACUAUUCGCUAUAAGAAUGAUAGACGCUACCCGCCGAAGCAGCAGCGUUCGAGCUGGAGUCUGGACGUACUAGCUUCCACCGCGGUUUCUACCUGCACGUAAAUAUGCAAGUCUCCUGACGAAGGAUCUUGGCAAGCAUCAAUCUGCAGUAUAUCAAUGGUGACAGCAUUAGCCACAGGUACCCGUGGCAUGGUGCACUAGCACGGAAAGCAGUCUGAAAAUAAAAGAAUGCAAGAAUGAGGCUACACUUGCAACAGCAUCCUUUGUCUAACGAAAUAGACGGCAGAGGACGCCAUAUAAGAUUUAUUUCAAUAUCUUUCAGUGUUCUGUUGUAUUUUCUCGUUAUCGGUUAAUAAGUAAAGAAUGAUUAAAAAUGAAAAUAGAAAACUAAGGAACAAUGAAAAAAAGGUGUAAAAAAUCUUUGUUCAUUAAUUUCAGCUCUUAUUUUUAGCGUGAAUGUUAAAAUUUUUUGUCUGGCAUAAGAUGUCUGCAUUACAUACGUUCGUAACCAUCAAGCAUGGUAAUACUUGUCGGGGCGCUUUACCAAACUCAUUCGUUUCGGGUUUGAUAGCUUUGCUUUCGCUAUUGAACUUGAGCACCGCUACCUUCCAGCAAUCACAGUAUUCGAAUGGUUUUCAAAUCGCCAAACAAUGGAAAACAUUUACAUAUAAUUUCCUACCUCAAGCUCCGGUACACGACGCAAAUUUCUAUAAUCCAUCAAAUAUAUUGGGUACCGGUUUGGCUGUAACACGAGACCGGAUAUUUUUAUCAACGCCCAAAUUAUUUUCGGGUGUGCCGUCUACAGUUAGCUGGAUGUCUAGAAAAGAUUUCGGCGAUUCCCCUGUACUGCAGGCCUAUCCCGAUUGGUCAUUUUCCACAACAGGACGUACCGAUUUCAAUUGCAGUGACAUGGUCUUGGUCUCAUCCUAUCGCUUGCGCAUUGACUCCUGUAAUCGUUUAUGGAUCUUAGAUGCCGGCAUUUCGCGCUCCCUGGAAGAUUAUGAGAAGACGUGUCCUCCUAAAAUUUUAGUGGUUGAUCUCAACACCGAUCAAGUGGUGAGACGCGUCGAUUUUCCAAGUGGUAUUUUGAGAGGCGAAACAUUAUUCACUAACCUGGUUAUUGAUGAGACCACUUCGAAGUCCGGUACUUGUGAUGACGUCUACGCCUAUAUUUCAGAUACUGUUGAGCCUGGCAUCAUCGUUUACGAUAGUGAACAUGAUACCACAUGGCGUCUGGCACAUCCAGCUAUGUAUCCCGAUCCGGAUUUCAGUCAAGCUGAAAUCCUCGGUGAUCGAUUCGUUUUAAUGGAUGGAAUAGUGGGUAUGACAUACGAUGACAAGAAAGCAGUCCUUUAUUUUCAACCUUUCGCGACAGAUAGAGUUUUUGCUAUUACGCGUGAGGUCUUACGGGCUGGCCCCAUACCUAUUAAUAAAGUAUUGCCAGUUAAAUUAUUGGGUAAAAAGUCUUCGCAAGGCAUAGGUUUGGCUCUAUCGCCAUUAGACCGAAGUUUAAUUUUCAGUCCGGUGACAGAAACGGCUGUUGCUUCGUGGAAUCCUUCGACCAACGAACAACACAUCUUGGCGCAGGAUCAGCAAGCUAUACAAUUUGUCGGCGAUAUGUUUGUUUCAGUUGAUGAUCCCGGUUAUGUGUAUGUGCUCUCGUCAAAGUUUCAUCGUUUCUUUUUGAAAACUCUAAAUACGGCCGAAGUGAACAAUCGCAUUUUGAGAAUACCACUGCCGGGUUCAGAAAAAUUGGAUUCUGUGCUGCCGGCUUACCCUAUAAAGUCGCUGGACACUCCGGACUUGAACUUUUAUUAUCAGAUCUCAAAUGAUUUUCCGCAUAAGUCGUCCGGGCGUAUAGCUAGCAUAAGUCCGGUGCAAAAUUAUUUUACACGUCCUAUCAGCGUUAGCAAGCAUCCUUACAGAUUUGAAAGCAGCGGCAUCGUCAACUAUAACGUUAAAAAUCCUUUUAAUAACCUUAACCAGGGUGAAUCGUUUCCGCCCAGCAAAGAGCAAAGAAGCAAAACCAGUUACUCUUGGUUAGACGAUUUAGGUGCACCGCCAAGUAUACCAACCACUUCCAGUGUGCCCAUUGUCUCCUUGGGCCAUUCGAAUGGUUAUUAUUACCACAGACCCGUUAUGGUCAUGAAACUGUUAUUCAUUAUUGAAACAUUAAUUGUGUGUUAUGUAAGCGCGUCAUCAGCACGUUAUAAAAAUAUUCCGCAUUAUCAACAACAAUUUCCCGAAGUGUUAUAUCAAUGGAAUCAGUUGGAUUAUGUUUUCCCGAACGAAAAUGCGUUACAAACCGCUUUGGGUGAUCAAACUUUUAUCCCAGGCAGUGGGGUACCGGUAGAUGUACAGCCCUAUUACAACCAGGCUGGAGAUUUAAAAGUGUUUGUUACCACACCUCGAUUCGGCAUGGGUGUGCCCUACACUUUAGCCUCGAUUCGUGACAAUUCUAGUAUCGAGGCAUAUCCAAGCUAUGAAUGGCACAAUCGCGGUGACGAUAAAUGGGAUUGUGAUAAAAUAAGUUCGGCAUUUAGGACAGCCAUAACUGAAUGCGAACAAUUGUGGGUUCUUGAUUCCGGCAUGGCGGCGGACGAGUUUAAAUGUCCACCGCAGCUAUUGUUAUUCGAUCUGAGAAACGAUGAAUUAGUUCACCGCUUUCGUUUUAACAAUUCAUUGUUCACAGCUUCUGCAUCUUUGUUUGUGACCAAUGUGGUGCAAGUACACGAUCCUCCACCAGCUGGCAAUUGCCAGGAUGCCACCUUAUAUGUAGCCGAUACCGAUCAUCAUGGCUUGGUGGUCUAUGAUUACGGAAAGGAUGCAGCAUGGCGAGUGGAAAAUAAAUUUAUGUAUCCGGAUCCGGAUUUUGGUACGCAUACUGUGGCCGGCCAACCCUUUAAUCUAAUGGAUGGAAUUAUUGGCUUAAGCUUUGACGAGCAGUAUUUAUAUUUCCAUCCAAUGGCCAGUAUAACCGAAUACGCUGUCCCUUUACAAAUUAUCAAUAACAGCACAUUGUUCGCUGGAAAUAAAGAAGCCGCAGGGGAUGAAUUUAAGCCCAUUGCCAAACGUAGUAGUCCUUGCGUCCCGUCGGCUAUUGACAGCAAAGGCAUCUGGUAUUGCGUGACAUUCAAUCCGAUUGAGUUGCUAGCAUGGGAUAUUAAAAAGAAUCUGAUAGAAAAAUUAGCGAUAAGGAGAGAACAUCUUGAGUUUGUAGGCGGCUUGAAAGUUAUUAAAAAUAAAGAAGAUAACGACGAAUUGUGGAUGUUAUCUAACCGUUUUCAGAAAAAAAAAAUUAUCAGAUUUGAUUUUAUGGUUUUACUCGUUGCCAAGAUGUUGUUAUACAUAGUCAUAGCCUUUCGAGUGCUGCUGGUUUGUGGUACGACUUUAACUUCUACUUUUUCACAACAAGUGGACGUAUUGGAAAACGAGCCUGCCUUGGAAAGAAUUUUUCAUCGGCCGCCGUAUAAAAAUCUCGUGCCAGUUUAUGAGGCGUGCAAUGUCGAGUUUGCGUUCCCCUCAGAAGAAGAGCGAUUGUCCGCUUUAGCUACCGGUAAAUACAAUCCCGACGUUCCUGUACCGAUCGACGUGGACGUCUAUUUUCCAAAUGAAUUCGCUGAGCCAUAUGUUUUUGUGACUAUGCCACGAUUUGGCAGUGGUGUGCCAUACUCGUUGGCCUUGUUAACAAAUGUAAUACGACCUAAUGGGACCGAAUUCGUCGCCUUUCCGAACUAUUACUGGCACAAUUCGCACGGACAGGAUUGCAACGGUAUUACCUCAGUGUAUCGUAUACAGAUAGAUUCAUGCAAUCGUAUGUGGGUUUUGGAUAGCGGUGAAAUCAAUUUUGUGCAACACUGUGCGCCUCAAAUAGUGGUUUUGGAUUUGCCUACGGGGAAAUUAGUUCAUCGUUAUCGUUUACCCGAGGAUGUGUUUCGCAUAAGCACAAGCCGCUUUGUUACCCCGUUUGUGGACAUCGCUGACAAUCCGCCUUUCGGUCAAUGUAAGCAAGCUUUUGUUUAUAUGGCUGAUGCGCUUGGCUAUGGUUUGGUUGUUUACGACGUUCAAAGGGACAAGUCGUGGCGUAUUGAAAACAAAUACACUAUACCCGAUCUAGACUUUGGCACGAUUAAUUUAGCAGGGGAAAGUUUUGAGUUAACUGAUGGAGUUUUCGGUUUAACGGCCACACCACAUGGCCUUGGCUUAAGAAGAAUGCUAUUCUUUCAUUCCUUAUCCAACGAUGCGCAGAUUGCCGUUCCACUGGACGUGGUAAACAAUGACACCCUUUGGCAUGACGGGGUGGCUUCAUCGAUUCAAGAAUUUAUAUUAGUAGGAAAACGUGGUGUGCAGUGUGCCGCUUCGGCUAUGACAUCGCAUGGUUUUUUGUUAUGUGGCUUUAUCAAUCCCAUUGCCAUUGUUGGCUGGAAUAUACGCACACCUUAUGCACCCCCAAACAGAAUAGUAUGGGCAGAGAAUCCUCAAACUCUACAAUUUGUCGCCGGUCUGAAAGUCAGACGUAAUCCAGCCGGUAAAGAGGAGGUAUGGAUGUUAUCGAAUCGUUUGCAAAAAGUGUUUGGGGGAACGAUUAAUUACCACGAAAUUAAUUAUCGCAUACAACGUUGCGGAGUGGAUGAACUAUUGCUCGGUGGAGAAUGUAAACCCUGACGAUUCGCUUUGGACAGUGAAGUGCUU